CCUUGCUAUUUCUUGAUAGUCGAUAGCUAAGGACUAUCUUCUCACUAAACAACGAUGGUGCUAGAAAUAGCCGCACAAGACAGGAAGCACAGACUAGCUGCUCUCAAGAAUCGUACCGAGGGUAGCGGUGAAUCUAUUCUCAAGUUUAGGAAUUACGACCCAACGAGCAGAGAACCGAAGAAGAGUAGCGAUGAAAUAGACAACCUAGACACCGUAGAAUAUGCUGUCAAGGGUUUGGCUGAGAGCAUUCUAGCAAAAGAUGAGGAAUUGCGCAAUGAAGAAUUGGACGUAUUCAACAUCGCACCAAAGCGUCCAAACUGGGAUCUCAAGAGGGAACUAUCGAAGAAGAUGCAUUUACUCAAUAAAGCUGAUCAGCUAGCUAUCAAUACCCUUCUCAGGCAGAGACUAUCAAAACCAGACUCAAACGGUCAAGAGCUCGCAUCAGCUACUAACAAACCAACUGGUUUGAUUAAUUAUGCAGACGAUGACGACGAUUAGAUAACACCAGUGUAUUUCUAUAUUUAUUCCUUCAGCAUCAUUUACAUACUUUGAG